CAUACUUUCUUCCUUUUUUGAUUUAUCAUCUGUACUGAGCAGAGACUUUUUGUGUUGGGUCAAUCAACGGAACUUCUUGAAGUUUUACUGCUUCAACGCACCUCCAAAAUGUUCUUCCACGUUAGUUUCGCUUUGGUUUUACUCUCCAGCAGUGCUUUAACACCUAGGGGUCAGGAGCAGAAGAGGAACAGAAUGUGUGUGUUGGACAUCGAUGAAAAAGGCGACCUUUACCUUUACAAGUUUGCACUACUCUGCAAGAACGAGAUCAUCAAGCGACUGAUCAAUGGAUCUUUUCACCUUGCAGAAUCGAGAGACCGACCGAGUACAAUAGGACAAAGCAAAGCAAACCCAGCCUUGAAUUGCAAGGACUUGAAACACAAAGCGCCAUCACUCGUGUCAGAUGUCUAUUGGAUAGAUCCAGAUGGUGGUUCCCAUGAUAACGCAUUCCAGGCCUACUGCGACCAACAGACCGACGGUGGGGGCUGGACACUAGUUUGGAGCUACACCUUUACAGCUUACUACAGUUUCACGAGUAGCUCAAACGCUGUCACGCCGCGUCCAAGUUGA